AUGAACAAUUUACCCCCGGAGAUCAUUGACAACCACAUUCUUCCACUCCUCGACGGCACUACCUUAACCGCCUUAUCCUCCGUCUCUUCUGAAUUCCGCCGCAUGAUCAUCAACAAGGACGAACUAUGGAAGAGCAUCUGUGCUUCUACGUGGCCUUUAUUGCUGCCGACGAUAAACAGCUUCGUUUCUACCUUUCCUGGUGGUUACCGUUCCUUCUUCUCCAAUGCGUUCCCAUCCCUUCACUGCAAUAAUAAUAAUAAUAAUAACAACUCUCAGUUUAACUCUAUUGAUCCUCCUCCCAUACAUUUGUUAUACCUCAUUGAUAUGUAUGCAGAGGGAGAAUCAUGUCCUCGGUUUACAAUGAGUAGAUUUACUGAAGUCGGGUCUGACGAUUAUCCCGACAUUCCGCGUCCGCUUUGUUUUUACAUUACGGAAAAGACAGAAGACUGGAUGGACCACUUUCAAGAUAAUUUGAGGUUAAAUUGGAUUGUUAUCAACCAAACUCAAAACUCUGCGAGGAGUUUGUUUAGUCCGGUUUGUAAGCCGGUUUCGAUUAAAAGAACAUGUAUGACGAAAGAGGUGGUGUACGAGAAGGUGAUGCCGGGGCAAUGCAAGGAUUAUACGGAGAUGGUGAAAUGUUAUAUGAAGGUCACUUGCAGCUUGAAGUCGGAUCAUAAUGAGACGCACUUUGAGACUGGUAUGGAGGACAUGAAUGGAAAGCGUGUGUUGGAGAGGCAUGCUAACAUGAUUAUCCUCAAUGCAUUUCUGAAUGGGGAGAGGAAGAAAUUUUGA